AUGCAGUGGACUGAAAGUGCUCGGGACAAGUGCUCUACAGCGCUUAUCAUCAUGGCCGGCUCCCAAGAAGUGCUCUUGGCAGAUCCAGGAAACCCGGAGGCAGCAUCGAGUUGCAAUAUGCAUUUGAAGAAUCAAGUUGUACAUAGCGUAGAUGAAGCGAUCAUGGGUUUGUCAAGCACGGUCAAGGGUUGUGACCUCAAGCAUAUUGCGCCGAUCACGGAGUUGGAUGUUGCACUACAGAGCGGGAUUGACAUUGGGGACUCGUGUGUUCAAGGGAAGCUAGAAAUCUACUCCUGCAAACUCGCCUCGAGUGAGAGAAAGUUAGCUUCAUCCCUUGACAGCGUGUGGAAGGAUACCCCAGCGGAGAACGAACACGUUCAUCAUUCGCUGUCGCCAACCUCUGCCUCACCCCUUGGAAGUGUGAACGAGUUUGCAACUCGAAAGCUCCUCAUCAACCUCAUCCUGACCUUGAACAACACGUUUGCCGACUACGAUUUCCGAAACUUGAGGCCGGAGGAUUUCACCCGAGAAUCCUCCCUGGAGAUGGUCAUGAACUCGGUGAAUAGCAAGAUGUCAAGAGUCGAUGAUGGUUCAGACUCCAACUUCUGCACAAGGUUGUGGUCAGCACUGACAUCGGAGAUGUGCCUGCGGGAGUGUGAGAUCUACAGCUAUGUCGCAGACAUGGAUGAAGAUGCUCUCAGUUAUGGGAAGCUGUGGUCUGUAAAUUACUUCUUCUACAACAAGAAAUUGAAUAAGCUCGCCUUCUUUGCAUGUUGGAUUAAGAGCAAGGGCAGAAGUAGCUUGCUUCUUGAAGACGACGACGACGACGAGAUGACUCUGGAGAGUGACAACGAUCUUGAGUUCGAGAUGGAGGAUGGCAUAUAG